AUGGCAGAUAGUUCAGAUUUUUAUCCUGACGAAGAUUUUAACUUUGAAAUACCAGAUGUUAUCUUGGAACAGCAAAUCGAAGCACCUGGAAGUUCAGAAAUUUUGCAUGAACCAGUAGUUACUAGAAAACUACCUGUCGUUCAAAGAACCCUUUCCUUUUCCACAAUAUCUUCAGGAAACAAAGAAAAAGGCAAAGGAGCUGAGCUUCCUGAGAUUAAUAGUAAAUAUAAGCGUAAAAAACCAUCAUUUACUCAGGAAUAUUUUGAAAAGGAGGUUAAUGAUAAAGGUGAAGACAUUCGAAUUUGCAAUAUUUAG